AUGACGCGCUUGCUGUACCAUACUCUCGUCGCUCUCGCAGCGGUGCAAUACUCGUUACAGCAGGCUCGGGACCCUGUGGGAGAUUUCUGUAGAAGAUUCGGUCAUCAGACGACCAUCAUCGGCCAACGACUAUAUAUUGAUGGUGGUGAAGUCGUCUGGAAUAGCGACAGUCCCAAGACUAACCAGACAAACAAAUGGCUGUUGUACAAUGACUUGGCGGACAUUGAAAAUGGCAUGCCCCAGCUGAAGGACGACUUGUCAAAGGAUGCGACCGUGCCAAUCGUAUCCGGCGGUAUUCUCUGGAGCGACGCCGGCAACCAGACGUUCUACCAGUUCGGCGGAGAGUUUGCGGACUCGGAUCAGGUGGAAGAAUCGUCGGUAUGGAUGUACAAUAUCACGUCCGACCGCUGGACAUCGCCGGAUAGUCCGUUGCCUGGAGUUCCCGAGAGACUUGCUUGGGGGGCCGGAACCACAAUCCAGGACCGCUCCGAGGGCUACUUGUUUGGUGGUUGGCAGAACAAUCUUACCACGCCUGAUUGGGGGAGUAGAGCACCAGAGGCGUCCAGCCGGAUGCUGAAGUAUCUCAUCGAUGAGAACCGAUGGACCAACAGCUCAGGACCAGAUGACAUUGGGCGUGCUGAGGGCACGAUGCUGUACCUACCAGCCUCGGAUGCAGGCCUCCUCGUCCACUUCGGCGGCGUCCUCGACUCUUUCCAGAAUGGCACCAUCACUGGCGCCAACAUGUCCGAUAUCCACAUCUUUGACGUCCUCAGCCAAAAAUGGUAUCUUCAAACCGCAACGGGUGAUGUGCCAGAAAGCCGGGGACGGUUCUGUGCCGGGGUGACUUGGGCGUCGGACCGGUCUUCGUACAAUAUUUACAUGUAUGGAGGUCUCUCGCCGACGGGCUCCUCGUUUGACGAUGUCCAUGUCCUCAGCCUACCGUCCUUUCGAUGGAUCAAAUGGUGGGGCGCGGAGCCUGGCGAGGGCCAUCCGCAUCAUUCUCUGAGCUGCAAUGUGGUCAACAAUGCGCAGAUGAUCAUCAUCGGCGGAACCUUUCCCUACGAGUCGGACUACUGCGAUGCUCCCACCAUUUGGGGGACGCAUAACUUGAAAAUGGGCGGUGGAAACGACUGGAUCGAAUGGGCGCCAUUCAACGAAUCGCUGGAUGAAUAUCAGGUCCCUAGCAAUAUUACAGCAGUGAUAGGUGGCGGCCCAACCGGCGGCGCAACACUCACCGCCCCAGUCUCGUGGUCCAACCAAGACCUCCCAGUCUACUUCACCCUCAAAAUCACACCUUCCGCCAACCCAACCGCAAUACCCCCCACCACAUUCCCCUUCCCCAACUCCUCCUCCGCGCCAUCCACCGCCACAAUCGUCGGCGCCUCCAUCGGCUCCGCUGCCGCCCUCUUCAUCAUCAUCGCCCUCAUCUGGUACUUCCGCCACCGCGCCCACACCCGCACCACCAAAACAUCCUCAUCAAACACCACGCCCCCCGAACUCCCCACCUACCCUGCCCGCUACACCCCCGCCAUCCCCGUCCACACAUACCCCUACAACACCAACAACACCACCACCAUCACCAGCCCCGCCGCCGACGGCAACAUGUACGUCAUGCCCAGCGAACUCGACUCGCCCCACCACACCCAUCUCGACCGCAAAACUACCCCCUUUGUCGACCCCGGCACGCAUCCCGCCCAUCUGAUGAGCGAGCAUCACCUGCGCCCCGUCGAACGCGACGUCGAUGGUCCGGGUGGAAUGACGCCGUAUAGCGAUGAGCUGGGCAGUACGCUUGGUGGUGAGGGCACCAUGCGCUCUGGCAGUGUGCCGGAUGCGACGCUCACGCAGACGGGCGGGCAUGGGCAGUGGGUUUGGCGCUCGCCGGGGUCGCCUGGGAGGGGGUAG